AUGUUGCCCAUCGAGCUUGUGCAGGUGGCGUCUCUACUCGUCCUGGCCGGCGUAUCCCUCGCACAGGUGCCUCCAGGGCAUGCCGCGCUCUUCCCGGAAGGACUCAGUGUCCUCAACACCCGCCCCAGGAGUAUUGGCUUGAACAACAUGCAGGGCGUCCCCUUCGGAUUCACCCAGUGGGCGUUUGGCACUGUGCCGCAGGUCUGCUACAACGCGGCGGUUGACGACGGUUACUGCAACGUGUACGACCUCGAGGUCUACGAUGUAGAAUACGACGACUGCGCAGUUCCAUGGACGUUCUGUCGCUGUUCCGACUCGCCCCUGUCCAUUGAAGCCUUUGCUGGGCGUGUAGGUCGUCUUCCGGUUGCUGCCCGGCAGUAUGCUCGCUUCUUCUCAAGCUACGGAGGUAAUUCCUCGGCCUUUAGCUUCAGAAACGAUAUCACUUUCUUCGGUCCCAUCGAGGGACAGUCCGUCUACAUCCAUGAGCUUUCGCAUAAUCUUGACAGGCUUUACUCCCCUCCCGACUCCUUGACGAGUUUUUCAGGCACGGACGAAUAUGCCAAUGCUGUGGCGGCCGACAGCUGUUCUCCUGAUGACUAUGCCAAGACGAGCUAUGCGGAGCACUACGCCCAAACCAGCGUCAUGAUCGCCUACGACGUGACGGUAGGGCCGAUCGACAGUGUCCGGAACACGAGCUGCAUGGCCAACGCCUUCAACGCGGCCCGCAAGCACCUCGCACCUAUCUGGCAGUUCAAUGAGGUCGGUACGUGCACCUCGCGCCUUUCCGAAGACGACAGCCCGCGGGUGUGCAUGGGUCCCGAAGCGCCGUGCCCCGGAGACCCUGUGAGAGUUGCGUCCUCUGACUCUGAGUCUGAUCCUGAGGGGUUCCGGUGGGCCCCCGUGGUCGAGUCAGUGGACGACGAGGAGCUCGAGCGCAAGAGGAGGGCGGAAAGGGAGGCUGGCAUGAGGGGGUAUGCCGAGAUAGCGUAG